CAUCAAAGUCUGAAAGGUUCUCUGGGUCGACCAGGUUAUUGCCCUUCCAUGACCACGUCAAUCGUUUGCAAGACCUUAUCGACGAGCAUACUAAUUUCACUUUUGCCCAUAGACCUUACACAAACAAGAUUCGCUCAGAGUUGGUCGGAAAUCUCCAUCAUGUCAGUGGCCGCCUUCCCGUUAUCACCAAAGGAGGCUUUGGUAGAGUCCUAUCAGGGCCAGUCUCUCCAUGAAGUGCCUAUGCCUGCCGCAGUCAUAGACGUGGCAAAGGUGAAAGCGAACUGUCGGGCUAUGCUCGACGCUGUGGAGGCUCAUGGCGUCAAGUUUCGAGCUCAUGUUAAAACCCACAAAACCUCAGAGAUCACCAAACUGCAAGUCGGUGAGGAUUGCAAGGAUGUCCGGCUGGUUGGGUCAACCUUGAUUGAAAUCGAGCAGCUGGUACCGCUGCUUCUUGAAUACAAGCAGCGCACAGCGAAAAUCAAUGUGCUCUAUGGUAUGCCUCUGGGUCCUUCGCAAGUCCGUCGUUUUGCGAGCAUCGCUCGAGGACUGGGAGAAGGGUCUGUCGCCGCCAUGAUCGACCAUCCACAACAGCUGGAGACUUUGAAGGAGUUCAAGGAUCUCGCAGGGUUUCCAGCAUGUAUAUUUAUCAAAACCGAUUGCGGGUACCAUAGAGCAGGGCUAGGUCCCAGUUCGGCGGAGAUGCAGGAACUCGUGGAGCAAGUAAGCCGCGCUGAGCUGGAGGGCAUGCUCCUUCUGCUUGGUUUCUAUUCACACAACAGUCUCAGCUAUGGAGGGUCAUCACCGGAUGAUGCCAUGGACGCGCUCAAAAAGGAGAUCGAUGUUUGUCGCGAGGCUUCCCAACAUUUCAAACCUGACCGGCCGUCACCGCUACUUGUGUCGGUGGGUGCCUCGCCUACCGUGCUGUCUUUACAGAACAUAUUGCCUUCGAAUUCCAGCUCCUCGAAUUCUGCCAAUGCAUUGAUAGACUCGCUAGAGCUGACAAAAUCGAACCUCGAACUCGAAGUUCACGCCGGAGUGUAUCCUAUCUUCGACAUGCAACAGGUCGCCGCGUCCAGCCGUCAACUCACCUCUGACCCACAUGACACCAUCGCUGCAUCAGUGCUGACAGAGGUCUGCUCGAUAUAUCCGAAGCGUACAGAGCGAUCGGAAGCGCUUGUUUCGGCAGGAGCUCUCGCUCUGGCCAGAGAGCCUUGCAAAGAUUACUCUGGCUGGGGAGUCGUCAGUCCCUGGAACAUGCCAACAGCUUACAGUAUCAGUAAGCAAGAUCGUAUUAUUGUCGCUCGCAUUAGUCAAGAGCACGGAAUACUAGCCUUCGAGGAGCAAAACGCCGUGAAGCAGCUACCUCUGCAAUAUGGGCAAAAACUUCGCUUGUGGCCGAACCAUGCUUGUAUCACGUUGGCAAUGUUCGGCUGGUAUCUCGUGGUUGACUCGAGCAGCGACGCGCCCGACAAGAUUAUUGAUGUCUGGGUGAGAUGGCGAGGGUGGUGAAGGGGCAACGGACGAGUACUGAAGUAGUCUGGCCAUGCCCAGGGACUUCUCUUGCGUCUUUGGUCCAAGAAUGUUGCAGGCGGAAUCUGACAAUUAGGCCAUUCCAUUCGACCAAUAUCCCUGCAGCGCCGCUACGUCCCGUUUCCCAGGCCGUCAGGAGCAGCCUGGUCGAACACUGGGCGGAAGUAUUAUCCAGGAGAUGUUGGUCGAUGGAAUGCAAUCAGUUUCCACGAAAGGCAAUCAAACUUCCCCUCUGAGCACAAAGUCGAAGCUUGACAGCAAGUCCGCCAAAGUCAGAACGGUCCAAACCACAAAGGAGUGGCCGGAUGGUCGUGACAUGGACGGCUCCAGGCAUAACAUUGCAACCUCGUCAAUGCACGGCAGUGGGAAAUAAUUCCGACUUUGGUCGAGACUCUGAUCGCCCCGCCAAUUGGAUGGCCAGGGAUUCCCAUCUGCUGUCGAUCUCGAUCUCAAAAUUUGACCACUUGUGAGUACUCGUACUCGUACUAGCGGGUGACUAGGGGAACAACUUGAUGGAAGGUGUCUGUGUGCUGCCAAUUUGUCCCUUGUUGAAGCUGGCCAAAUAUGCAAUGAUCCAUUUGCGAGUACCGUUGGCGUGCUACGUGCAAAUACACCAUUGAAGAGUACGUGCAGCUUUCAGGAGCCGCAAAUUUCCUCGAAGCCAGCCAUGCCUUCGAACCAUGCCGCCUCCAGCUUGUGGAAUAAUGAAGAUUGGAGAGAUAGUACGGUGAAGAGAGGUCGAGCUCCGGUAAACAAACAGCCUUCAUUGUGUGGAUCUGAAUUCCACCAAGAUGUUCCGUACUUCCGGAGUUACAGGUGAGGUGCUCCUCGACGUCUCUCGUCAGGUACUGCAAACAUCAUGGAUUGGAGACCUUUGCAUCCAACUG